AUCCAUCAUGGAGACCAGUAAACAAAAACGAGCCUUUUAAAGGUUUAUAUUCGUACAGACUUAUGCAUAAUGACUGACUUAAUUCAAAUUAAAUGUCGGAUUUAACCCUUGUUUAAGGGAGAUAGAAGAAAAUUGCAGAGGAAAGACAAACAGCACAGAAAACAAUGGUAUCAGUUGCGGAUAAAGAAAAAUCUGUCGAUAGCCUUUGUUGUAGCUUUGCAUUUUUUCUUGUAUGCGCAUGUAUGUUUUUUGUACUGGGAGGAAUUGGAGCUCAAUAUUUUUCUAAUGAUGAGACAUGGGACACUAGUAAAUGGUACCAGUACUACAUUGGUGCAUUUGUUAUAGCCCCAGUGGCACUGUUAAAUGCUAUAUGGGCAUGUAUUGCUGUAACCAAAGUGAGGGGGAACAAACAGAAGGAACUUGAUGAUUCAAUUGGAUGCAUAUGGUUAUUGCUUUUCUUAGCUACGGCUGCAUUCGUUGUCGGUGCAGUUUUCCUUGGUGGUUUUUCUGAACAUUCAAGGGCUUUGCAGGAAUGUGAACGAAAUGAAACAAGUGCUUUGAUUAGAACCAGUUUAGAAGACCACUGUAGUGACGCUACAUACAAAGCAUUUUGUAUGUGCUUCAUUGUCGGUCUAGUGCUUUUCGGGUUAACUACUUUAGCUAGUUGUUCUUACCGAUCAAAAGAAAACGAGAAACUACAUUCACGUUCACACAAGGUGGUACCAAAGACCGCAGCACCAAAAGCCGCCAUCAAGUUAGAGAACAAAGGAAAUGCAGAAAAUGAUCAAUUAAAGAAACAAAAUCAGACUUUGACAGGAGAAAAAGAAAAACUUAACAAACAGUUGACUGAAACAAAAAAUCAAAACAAUUCGCUAAAAGAUCAGGUAACAACCCUACAAAAAGAACUGACGGAGAUAAAGAACUUAAAUAUACAGCUUCAAAUGCAGCUCACACAGGCUAAAGAAACACCACAACAGUUAUAUUCUGGAGAUCUGUACAAUAGAGAAAGAUUAAAUCAGCCGCCUCCAUUAGCUUACACCAAUAUUCCUGCAUCAGCCUGGACAGUAGGAAGUCCCCCAUCUGCUCCUCCGCCGGAAUAUAGUGAAGUAGAAAACAAAUAUUGACACGUGUUGAAACCAAGUAAACUUUGACACAUGGUAUUGUCACUAUAAUAUUGAAACGUGUUGAAACCAAAUAAAUAUUGACACAUGGUGUUGUCACUGUAAUAUCGAAAAGUAUUGGGGACAAUACAAUAUUGACACGUUCUGUAGCCGAGUGUAAUAUAUUGACAAGUGCUGUAGACACUAUUAUAUUGACAAUUUGUUGUGAACAAUAUUAACACGUGUUAUAGCCGAGUU